UUUUCUUUAAAACAAGAACAUAAAAUGUCAGUGGAACUCAAUACCAUCCUGCGGUGAGAGAGUGAACAUCUCAGCAAGGUGGUACUUGUGUGUUGUGGAGAGGGGGAUAACAUUUUAGUAAGCUGGUACUUAUAUCUUGUGGAGACAGAAAACAUCUAAGCAAGGUGGUACUUGUAUCGUGCAGAGAGAGAGAGAGAGAGAAAGUGAACAUCUCAGUAAGAUGGCACUUGUAUCUUGUGCAGAACGAGAUUGGAAAUCUCAACAAGGUGACGUUUCUGAGUUCAUUGAGAAAAAGGCCACGCUGAGAAGGGGGCGGGGGAAACGGGGGCAGCGCCAGGCGAGUGCUGAUUCGCUGACGCCACGUCCGUCACACACUGGGGGGCGGGGCAUUGUUGUACGUACUGACGUCGGCACGGACCACAUCGGUCCGUUCCUUCCAGGCCCUGUCCCUCACACAGGCUACUAUGGCCUAUUCUCGCGUGUCGGCGUUGUCCGUUUACCGGAACCUGGAGGCUGAGAACGGGCUCUGCAAACAGACCGAUGGAUCUUCAAAUAAGACAAAUCAAGAAAAACAAAAACAUUCGCUACAUUUAUCCAGGAGGAGGAAGAUAAUGAAGAAGAAACGAAAAUAUUUAAAAGUUAAACUGGAAUCCUCAUUAGAUAUUCAUGUUGUGAAUAAUGCCGAAAUACUACAUGGGAUAAAUGACUGUGCCAAGAAGGACCCCAUGGGUUCCCGUGCUAAAAGAAAAAUUAACAGCAAGCGGGUGCGUAAAAUUAAAAGAAUGAAGUUAAAGUCUAAGAAAUUUGAAGCACUGUCCAAUGAUGUUCCAACAAACUGUUCUACAGUCAAGAGCACAACAACAUUCAAGAGGGCGUUUCCCACGAAACCUUUCGAAAGCAAAGAUGCAAGACCUUGGACAGGACCAUCAUUAUCAAUACUUCUUCGGGAUCUACGUCACAUACAGAACAGUAAGGAAAGAUCUACUAAGCUCUUUGAAUGGUUAAUAGCACCCGUUGCUCCAAAAAAGUUUUUCAGCGACAUUUGGGAAAAGACCCCAGCUUUGAUUAGGCGCCACAAUAACAACUACUACAAAGGAUUAUUCUCCUCAGAAGAUUUUGACCGGAUUCUCAGAGAGGACCAUGUUAAUUUUGGAGUAAACCUGGAUGUAACAAGUUACUUCGAUGGGGAGAAGGAAACACAUACUCCUACUGGCAGGGCAUUACCUGUAGUGGUAUGGGACUUCUACAAGAAUGGAUGUUCUUUGCGGCUGAUGAAUCCUCAAGCCUUUUCCGGCACUGUUUGGAAUGUACUGUCUAUUCUUCAGGAGUCUUUUGGGAGCAUGGUUGGGGCUAAUAUUUACCUGACUCCUCCUGGGAACCAGGGAUUUGCACCACAUUACGAUGACAUUGAAGCAUUUGUGAUUCAGCUGGAAGGUAAAAAGUGCUGGCGUGUCUAUGAUCCUAGAUCAAAUGAAGAGGUUCUUCCAGGUAUUCCAAGCCGUAACUUUACUCAGCAGGAAAUGGGCAGUCCUAUUAUGGAUACUGUACUUGAAGCUGGGGAUAUGUUGUACUUUCCAAGAGGCUUUAUCCAUCAAGCAAACUGCUUGCCUGAAGUGUACUCCCUCCACAUCACCCUGUCAACUUACCAGAAGAACACUUGGGGAGAUCUGCUACAUAAACUUUUUCCUGGUGCCUUGGACCUGGCUUUAGAAGAUGAUGUAGAAUUCCGUGAGGGUUUGCCUCUUGAUUACCUGGAUUAUAUGGGAGUUCAGAACUCUGAAAGGGAAGAUGAUCCACGGAGGGAAUCAUUUAAUAAAAAGGUUUAUAAUUUAAUGAGAAAGUUACUCAAAUAUGCACCAAUUGAUGCAGCUGUUGAUCAGAAAGCCAAAGAUUUUAUUCAUGACUGCUUACCCCCUGUACUUACAAAAGAGGAAUUAGCGUGCACUGUGUAUAGUGCACCAGCUCGAUGGAGAGAUGGUGGGCCACGCAAUGUUGUUCUACAGAUUCGAGGAAGUACCCGGAUACGAAUGCUUCGCAGUAAUAUUGCUAGAUUAUGUGGUGAGAAUGGCAGCAUAUUGCUGUACUACACAAUAGAAAAUUCCAGAGAUUAUCACAAGGAAGAAGAAAAAUGCAUAGAAAUUGAUCCAGAGCUUGCUGAUGGGGUAGAGCUCCUGCUUUGUUCAUACCCACAAUAUGUAAAAGUUGAUAGUCUUCCAGCUGGAAGUCUGGAUGACAAGAUUUCCUUAGCGGCUGCCUUGUACGAGAAGGGUCUGUUGAUGACUGAAUAUCCACUGCUGCCUAAGAGGGACUAAUCUUUUAGUAGGAGAUGGACGUUUCAAAAGAGUUUCAUAUCCAAUUAUAAUCUAUUACAAAUUAGCAUAUAAUUGUUCACUGUACAAAAUACAUUUAAUUUAGAUUUGAUUUAAAUAGUUUUUUUUCAUUCUGGCUAGUCUUAAAAGUUGCCCCUUUUUUAAGGUAAUAACUGGAUACUUGUAUCAAAAGAUGAACCAAGAUCAUACUGAGGAAUGAAUGCCUUGUUAACUGUAAUGGCUGUGUAUUCAAUGAUUUGUGUCUUUACCCUACCCUGAAGCAUUCUGUGUACGUUGCCAAAUUUUCUAAGUGCAUGUAUAGCAAAACAUUUAGAUUUAGUUAAAUGCUCAACAUGCAGAUGAGGAUUUAAGUUAUAGCUUUUAUAGUUAAUACCACAAUGUGAGGGGGGUGACAGUGCUCUGAAAAAAUAACUAUUAAAACAAAUUAUUAACCCUGA